CUCUCUCUCUCUCUGUGUGACAGUGCGACUCCUCCGAGCUAUCAGGAGUACAAACUUCCACCAUCCGGAGAUUCGUGUGCAACCUUCGAAGGAUCCAAGUCGUCCAGGUGUCUGUGGUGAUGUUGCCAUGUGCCAGCUGCCAUCUGCUCUUAUCGUGCUUUAUUCAGGAAUGAUGUCCAGAUGGUGUCUCCCUCCAUGUGUGGUCCAAUUCAUCGCUCCCUGACCACUUUGUGGGCCACAAACCAACCCAGGCACCCACGGCCACUAUUUGACUCAACCCCACUGUGCAUCGGCCUAAAUCCCUCAGUCCCAACCUUCACCCUCAGCCCCCUACAUCCUUCUGCCUCACUUUCUGUUAAGCCUCUCCUCAUAUUCUGACGACCGUAUCCCUCUCCGAGCCCAACAUGUCGGCCCGCGUACCCGCUCUAAUCUUAGUCAUGAUGUUUCCCGGCGUUUUGCUCUCGGUCGGAGACCCUCCUCCGUCCCGCCGGGAGAUCCGCAUCGAAGGAGAUCUUGUGCUGGGUGGUCUGUUCCCCGUGCACGAGAAAGGUGCCGGGAUGGAGGAGUGCGGGCGUGUGAAUGAGGACAGAGGGAUCCAGAGGCUGGAGGCCAUGCUGUUUGCCAUUGACAGAAUCAAUGAGGACAGCGCUUUGUUGCCCGGGGUCUCUCUCGGAGUCCACAUCUUGGACACUUGCUCCAGGGAUACGUAUGCAUUGGAGCAGGCUCUGGAGUUUGUGAGAGCCUCCCUGACCAAGGUGGACGACACAGAGUUUAUCUGUCCGGACGGAUCUUACGCUCUGCAGGACGACAGCCCGCUCGCGAUCGCUGGGGUUAUAGGUGGAUCCUUCAGCAGCGUUUCCAUACAGGUUGCCAAUCUUCUCAGGCUAUUUCAGAUUCCUCAGAUAAGCUACGCUUCGACCAGUGCCAAGCUCAGUGAUAAGACCCGCUACGAUUACUUUGCCCGCACGGUGCCCCCCGACUUCUACCAGGCCAAGGCCAUGGCCGAGAUCCUCCGCUUUUUCAACUGGACGUAUGUGUCCACUGUGGCGUCAGAGGGUGAUUAUGGUGAAACUGGCAUAGAGGCCUUUGAACAGGAGGCACGCAUGAGAAACAUCUGCAUUGCUACUUCAGAGAAGGUGGGGCGUUCUAACGCCAAGAAGUCCUAUGAAGCCGUGAUCCGUCAGCUCCUACAGAAGCCGCAUGCCCGCGUGGCCGUCCUCUUCCUGCGUAGCGACGACGCCAGAGAGCUGUUGGCAGCAGCUGCCAGGCUCAACACCUCCUUCAUCUGGGUGGCCAGCGAUGGUUGGGGGGCCCAGGAAAGCAUCGUCAAGGGAAAUGAGGUGACCGCCGAGGGGGCCAUCACACUCGAGCUGGCAGCCAAUCCCCUGCCAGAAUUCAACCGCUACUUUCUCAGCCUGAACCCGGUGAAAAACCAUCAAAACCCCUGGUACAGGGAAUUCUGGGAGCAGCGGUUCCAGUGCUCCUUGGGUGCGGGCGGAGCAGGGGGAGGAGGAGGAGGAGGAGGAGGAGGCGGAGGUGUUGGACUGGGAGGGACGUCUCUCCCGCCGUGCGACGUGGACCUGUCGUUGGACAAGAAUAACUUUGAACCAGAGUCCAAGAUCAUGUUUGUGGUCAACGCGGUGUACGCAAUGGCUCAUGCACUCCACUAUAUGCAACGCAGCCUGUGCUUCAACACCACCAAGCUGUGCGACAGUAUGAAGGCGCUGGAUGGCCGCAGACUCUACAGGGAUUACAUCCUUAAUGUCAGCUUCACAGCCCCUUUCUCUCCUCCAGGCAGUGAGACAGUUGUGAAAUUUGAUUCCCAGGGUGACGGCGUCGGCCGGUACAACAUCUUCAGCUACCAGCGCACAGCUGACCGCUACGGGUACGUGCCAGUGGGGGACUGGGCAGAGAGUCUGACCCUGAGCAACGAUCUCAUUCACUGGCCCAGGGUUGCGGUACCCACCUCGCAGUGCAGCGACCCCUGUGAACGCAAUGAGAGGAAGAAAAUGCAGGCAGGCGAGUACUGCUGCUGGAUCUGCACAGCCUGCGAGCCUCAUGAAUACCUGGCCGACGAGUUCACCUGCUUGCCCUGCGUUCCUGGCCAGUGGCCCACCGAGGAGCUGACGUCCUGCUACGACCUUCCCGAGGACUAUAUUAUGUGGAAGGAUGCCUGGGCCAUUGGUCCAAUUACCAUUGCCUGUUUAGGGUUCAUGUGUACCGGUCUGGUGUUCUGGGUGUUUAUACGACACAACAACUCGCCGCUGGUGAAAGCUUCGGGUCGAGAGCUUUGUUACAUCCUCCUCUGUGGAGUCUUCAUGUCCUACGCCUUGACUUUCCUCUUCUUGGCCAAGCCCUCUCCGGCCAUCUGUGCCCUGCGGCGCCUCGGCCUGGGCACUUCUUUUGCUGUCUGCUACUCGGCCCUCCUCAAAACAAACAGAAUCGCCCGGAUUUUCAGUGGCGUGAAAGACGGUGCGGUGAGGCCGCGCUUCAUUAGCCCAUCUUCUCAGGUGUUCAUCUGCCUGAGUUUGAUCUCCGUCCAGUUAGUGAUGGUGUCGGUGUGGCUGCUGCUGGAAGUUCCCGGGACGCGGCGCUUCACGUUGCCGGAGCGACGACAGACUGUCGUCCUCAAGUGUAACGUGCGCGACUCCAGCAUGCUGCUUUCACUGGUAUAUGACGUGCUCCUGGUCAUCCUGUGUACUGUGUAUGCCUUCAAGACCAGGAAGUGCCCAGAGAACUUCAACGAGGCCAAGUUCAUUGGAUUCACCAUGUACACCACAUGUAUCAUCUGGCUGGCCUUUCUUCCCAUCUUUUAUGUUACAUCCAGUGACUACAGGGUUCAGACCACCACCAUGUGCAUCUCGGUGAGUCUGACCGGGUUUGUGGUCCUGGGCUGUAUGUUUGCUCCCAAGGUCCAUAUUAUCAUGUUCCAGCCCCAGAAGAACGUGACCAGCCACAGGCUCAACCUCAAUCGCUUCAGUGUCAGCGGGGCUGCCACCACGUACGCAUCUCACGCAUCUGUCAGUGCCCACCAGGUCCCGACCGUGUGCAACGGGAGAGAGAUCGUCGACUCCACUACUUCCUCUCUGUGACCACAUCCAGUCCACUCUCUGAAUUUGCCCCUGCGACUGUUAGCCAAUCCAUGAGCAUUAUCCCCCCUACAAACCCAUCAUUCCCCAUCAUUCCCCCCCAUUCCCCAAUUUACACACACAAAAACAUACGCACACGUACACACACACAUGCACAAACAAACAAACAAUCUCCUUUGUGGACUUACAAGUGUAUUGUUUCAAAAUGUAGAAAGUGUGUUACUAUAAUUAAAUUAUUUUCUAGGGAUGUACAUACAUGGAAUCAACAUUGUUGUAAGUAGAGAAACAAAAGAACAAAAAAUGUUUUUAGGAGGAAUUUUUGGAGCCUUUGUUUUUGAUAGCUUUGUUAUGAUGCGGUGUAAAUAGACAUGUGCGUCAUCAUGGUAGGAGGGUGUGUGUCCCUCAGUCUGGAUGCACAUGUGUGGCUCUGCUUGACUCACCUGCAAUAUCCCACAGACUUUUUAUUCUCAUGCUUUUUUGUAGGUCUCAUUGUAAUAACCAAUUAUGUACCUAUUUCUAUUGUGUGUCUGUACAUUUGUAUAUUAUACUACUGAUGGUUCAAACAGCACAAUGUUGACAGUCUUGUAAACCUUGAAUGAAUGUGGGCAAAAACAUAAAGUGCACGGUAUAGGAUGGCUGGAACAGACGUGUACACAAAUCCACCAAACUCAACAACUUACUGUUACACUGUGCCGGAACAAUUUUCACUUCAUCAAUUCACCUCCUGAUAGAUUUUCAUUGCAUCCUAGAUCAAUAUAAAGAACCCACGGUAGCUGUUUUUGCAGGGAAAAAAUAUGUUUUGCUUUUGAUAGAAAUGUUCAUUUUUCUAUUUCUAAUCCCUUUAUCUUAAUGACCAGAGUUCCAGACGUGUGUUCACCAAGGAAACAGACUCUCAAACUGCCUCUUUAUUCAGAAGGUUGUUGUAUUGGAUUUUUAAUAACAACUAACAACACGACUGAAGAGAUACAACACAUCAAAUGUGUUUAUUUCGUUUCAAAACUGUCAAUACAGAGUCAGUCAACAAACAAACACAAAUUGCUUUCUUACCCACUAAUUACAAAGUUGUGCUCAGACAGUUCAGACACAAACCACUAAUGGAGGUAGAAAGUUCUUCUUUGCUGAACACAUUUAGAAUUUUUACAAGUACAGGGGAGUGGUAGCUUGUUUUUUUUGUCCCCCAUAGACACAGUAUGUGGUGAUGUUUUUAAUAUGGCUCUGUGCCUUAAUGUAUGUUUGGUAGUGCUCCAGGUAGGGAUUGAAAAUAGAUCAGUUUUACAUUACGGGAUGAAAAUUACUGGAAAGUGUAAAAGUGACCUCUUGUUUCACUUCUUGAGCACUUGUUUCAAGGCAACGCCAAUUAGUUUUCUUCCCUAGUAAGCCUUCUGCUAUUGAUUGUUUACCUAAGUGUUGAAACAGUGAAUCUGAGGAAUUUAGGUUGAAAUGACUUUCUCUACCCCUCCCCUUCUUUGUCCAGCCUGUGAUUAAAAAGAAAUACGAAAUGGACAUUUUUGACCGAAAACCGAUCAUAAUGAAUUCACUUUACAUUUUUUUUUACAGCUCGGCUGCACCGAUAAAGAAAGGAAAGGGGAAGAGAAAAGCUCACAUACCGAUUAGGUGAAGUUACUGAGUUGUCGACUUGUCGAAGUGUGCAGUUUACAUGCCUGUGUUAAAUGUGUUGACAUUGAGAGGCACAGUGGAGCAGCUGGCUACGGCUCACCAGAGGAAACAGAGCACACAAUGUCAGCUGUCUGCAGAUACUCCAGCUAACAAAAGGAUGUUAGAGCAGAACUCAUGCAGAACAUGCAUUGCAUUUAUCAGAACAUCCCAUCCAACUACAAACAGUAGCUGGAAAUACAAACAGACUCUUUGCUGGGUGACAGUUGUGAGGGGGCGAAAUUACCUGACAAAAUAUUAAUUGUGUUUUUUCCAAGAAAGUCUAAAUAGCCUAAACUACUUUGGCACUAGGUUACAACAUCUCAUUGCUAAAAAAAAAAAAAAGUGACCUCUUGGAGAUUGAAAGAAUUUGAGAGGAUGCGCCAAGAUGAGCCAACCUGCAUAGGGGCGUGUGUGUGUGUGUGUGUGUGCGUGUGUGUGUGUGUGUGUGUGUGUGUGUUUAGGUGCAGAGAGCAUAAGGAGAGAGUGAUGUGGCAAAGCAGAGGGGAGCUGCUGCUAGAUUAUGUAAAGCACUCCCACAGCACAGAAGUCACAGCGCUUCUAUGGAGGCUGAAAGCACCUCGGAGAUUCACAGUCUUUGUUAGCAGAAGGCUUAGCCAUUCACUCAGUGGUCCUGCUCCCACAAGAUACACCCCGCAUGGCAGGUUGCUACGGACAACCGCCGCCACAUCCGCUGCCGGAAUGUCUAUUUGUCCGCAUGUAGAGGAGGGGUGAGGAGAAAGCGAAAGACGGGGGAAAUAGAAAAAAGGCUGGUCGCUGGUUGUGAUUCAAAUUGGCAUCUAGUGAUGAGAUUUGGCUGAGCCGUGCCCUGCACUCUACUCCCAGCUUUUAAUGGCCACACAAAUAGAGCACUUAACCCGGGUUCCCCUCUCAUUUAGUCCAGGCUACCAGUCUCGGACAACAGUCCCACACUCUUCCACUGAACCCGGCCUCUUUAAACCCACCUCACCCCUUGAACCCUCAUCUCCACUCUGUGUGUGAAACUUACUGCUGAGUCAGCCUCAGCCAAAGACCACCUGAAGCCAAACCAACCGAUUGGGAGCCCGGCCCGGCCCCCACACUUAAAGUCUGACACUCGUACCUGGGUGCCCACCGCAGCACAUACCGAUGAGGUCGACCUGAGGAAGUUGGAGGAGAUAGAUGAAGAAUUUGGAGAGUGUAUAGAAAAAAAAUGAAAAUUGCACAUAAAGAAAACGGUAUCCCGUUCAAAUUCAUUCACAUUUAUCACAUCAUGUACACAGUGACUCUCAGUGGAAACUUUUUUAAAUGGCUUCCCUCAUGAAUAUCCCUUUCAUUCGGCAAGCCAUCCACUACGGACGUUGUUCCUCUCUUCGGCCUCUGCCAACUGCCAUGUGCUCCACGGUCUCUGUGCUGUGGCCCCUUGUUAUGUAACAGAAUGUGUCCUUUGGCCUCUCGACUUUGAAACAAAACGAGAUCUCUGCGGCAAAAAUGAAGCUGAGGUCAAGCUAAACUCUGGAACGGAUCAAUCAAAGCAAUAGUUCCGUGUUUAUGAUACAUGCAACAAAGAGGCUGUGAUUACAUCAUAAUAAAUAACAGUUGAGGUCAACUGCUCGUC